UGUUUCUGAUAAGAAAUAGGACAAUCUGAGUUUCAGGCAUAUCAAUGACAAGAUUAUACAAAAACGCAGGACCCAGCCUCUUGAUCAACCAGUGACCUGUACUCUUGGACUUUCCACAGUGAAAGUUGUAACCAGAAUCUCCCUUUCCCAAUACACUCAUUUGUGGCAAGAAGACCACGAAGAAGGUCAGCAUGAGUACUACAGGGAAAGUGAUCAAGUGCAGAGCAGCCGUACUCUGGAAGGCUGGUGCACCAUUUUCCAUUGAGGAGGUAGAAGUGGCCCCGCCAAAGGCAAAGGAAGUUCGCAUAAAGAUCACGGCCACGGGGCUCUGUGGUACAGAGAUUAAAAUGUUGGAGAAUCAAAUGCAGUAUCCCAUCAUUUUGGGCCAUGAAGGGGCUGGAAUCGUUGAGAGUGUGGGAGAAGGAGUGAGCACUGUGAAAACAGGUGAUAAAGUCGUCACACUGUUUCUACCACAGAGUGGAGAGUGUGCCUCAUGCCUUAAUUCUGAAGACAACUAUUGUAUACAACUCAAACAGUCGUAUACCAGCCUGAUGACUGAUGGUACCAGUAGAUUUACCUGCAAGGGAAAACCAAUAUAUCACUUUGCCAAUACGAGCACCUUCUCUGAAUACACAGUGAUAAGAGAAAUCUCAGUUGCCAAGAUCGAUGCAGCGGCUCCUCUGGAGAAAGUAUGCCUCAUUAGCUGUGGUUUUUCUACUGGGUACGGUGCUGCAAUCAAUACUGCCAAGGUGACGCCAGGCUCCACCUGUGCGGUGUUUGGCCUGGGAGGAGUCGGCCUGUCGGUUGUCAUGGGCUGUAAAGCGGCUGGAGCAGCCAGGAUCAUUGGGGUGGACAUCAACAAAGACAAAUUUGAGAAGGCGAAGCAAGUGGGUGCCACCGAGUGCAUCAGCCCACAGGACUUCAAGAAACCCAUCCAAGAUGUUUUAGUUGAAAUGACAGGCGCUGGUGUGGAAUUUUGCUUUGAGGUCAUUGGAAAUCCAGAAUUGGUGGCAGCUGCCCUGGCCUCCUGCCAUGAGAGCCAUGGAGUCUGCGUGAUUGUUGGGCUCUUGGAUUAUGGUGUCCAGCUCAACAUCAAUGGCUACUUGUUUUUCUCAGGACGUUCUUUGAAGGGAUCUGUUUUUGGAGGCUGGAAAAGCAGAGAGAGCGUCUCUAGACUGGUUUCAGAUUAUAUGGCAAAGAAGUUUAAUCUAGAUCCACUGAUUACCCAUACUAUGAAGCUUGAUAAAAUCAAUGAAGCCGUUGAGUUCAUGAAAACCGGAAAAUGUAUUCGCUGUAUCCUAUUACUUUAAGUACAAUGUAAUGAACGCAAGACCUGCGGCAUAUUUCACCAACUAAAUUGCAUCCUGUAUAACUUCCAUGACUUAGAAGAAUUAUCCACACAGCGCUGUUUCUAUGUUCUUGCCUCUGAUUCAUUCAGUAGUGAGCUCACAUCUGACUUCUGCUCUCAACACCUCUUCAAAAUUGGUCUUAUGUCACCCAGUCCCACCCAGGAACGUCCCCCUGUUAGAGCUAGUUUAGGGUUGAUUUGAAUCACCCAAUUCCAAACCCUUCAAACAAACAGUCACCCCAUGAUACUCCCAUUUUCAUACUUGCCCCUACCUCUGGGCCCCUGUUUCUUUGCACACACUGUCUCUCAUCCCCAUGAAACUCCACUCAUUUCACACCGAAGAAACAAAACUCACCACUCAUGAGUUUAUUGAACAUUCAGGUUAAAGCAAGCUGAUGGGGGAAAGGGGACUUUAUUACAUCAACUUCAAUAAAUCCCAGUUAAACACUAAGUACUUCAUUCUCAGUAUUACUCACCCCAGAGAAACUUCUACUGGUGUUUCAUCUUAUAUAACCCAGCCUCAAACCAUCACUUACAAUACUUCUAUGGCACUCACCUCUUCUCUCGUGGAUUGCCAAAGGAACUUUAAGUUUUUCUUUAAUUGGCCAGGAUAGUUUAGCUCGCAGCAGUUUGUGUCACGUGGCUUCAUAGCCAAGCCAUCUAAAAUUCAUCAGGAAGAAAAAGGGGCUUGAAAGAAAAGGGGCAUCAUUAAUUACCAGGAUCCAUGCACCCUAGGAGGCCGCUGUGGUAUUAAACAAUAAACUGGCUUUUAUUCCACUCUCCAAGGGAAGAGGGGAUAGUGUGUAGUUACUACUAAUGUGUAUCAUAGUUUCUUUCCUUCAAGUAGUAGAUGGGAUAAAGACAAGAUCCAGCAGUGAUUUGUGGCAUCCAAUCCCCAUCUACCCCUGCCCCUACUUCUCUGCCCUACUCCUUCGUAAUGCUCCUAGAACCUGGGUUAAGAUUGAGCCCUCGUGGGAUAGGACUUCUUCCCUAUUCCCUAGAGAGAGAGUCUCUUUCAAACCCUCUUCUCCAGCACACACACCAGAGCUCCCUUCCUAGUUAAGGUCACUUCUGCUGCAGUUUGGGCUCCCCUAGAUCUGAAGCCACUAGAUCAGACGGGGGUCCCGUGGGUCAGCAGACCUCAACAGACCUCGGGAAACCAGGAGAUGAGAUGUCAUGUCUUACCUAGUCCAGUCGCUUCCUGAUUUCAGAUCAGCCAGAAAGGUGAGCUACAGUCACGGCUACCACAGGUGUCAAAAGGCUCUCAUGAGACUCUGAUUCCCACACUGAGAAGAAGCAUCAUGAGGUGGGCACCCUGUCUUUCCUUCAGGGUACCUGCCUCCUACAAAUAGAGGGGAUCGGUGCUAUCAAACGUAUUCUUUCUCUUCCAAACUGUGUCACCAGUGGGAGCAGGGGCUCUCUCCUUCAGCAGGUCCAACCUUUAGCCUCCAGCAGAACUCUUGGAGUCCUAAUGAGAGAACGGACAACUAAGCAAGGAAAAAUGAUUAGCUUCAAUGCCAACUAGUAAUUUGUUUUUGCAUCUGACGUGCUGUUUAUUCUCAGCGCUUUGUGCAAGCACAGUUGUGUCUAGGGCCUUUCCCCCUCCCACCUAGGAAUACAAAAUGGCUUGUAUAUUGGUUUUAUUCAACCUGCUGUCUGCAUUAGAACCAGAGAAGGGCCUGGGUCCCAGUGGACUGCCACUGCUGGCUGCCCCCUCUCUGAUCAUCAUAAGGAGUAUUUUAACAAAGACAGAGGGUUCAGAGUAGGGCGUGUCCUACCAGGGACGCCUCUGCCGACAAGGGCAUGGCACUCCUUUUCUCCAUCUCGCCAAGUCUGAGCAGGACGCCCAACUCUGCUCUGCUCUGCUCUGCUCUGCGCCUCUAUUCCCUGAGGGCAGCUCAGCAUGCACCUGCCCUGCUGUGGGAAGUAACAUUACUGACACUGAGAACUUGGAGAAGUCUUCAGGUCUUGGGGGGUCUGAGUCUGCCCAAAAAUGUUUUGCUGUCAACAGCACCUACAUUCUACCCCAAUAAAGCCCACUUCUUUAAGCUG